UGCACAACGAUGCUCUUUAGUCGACCCGUGCGUUGCAUCCUUGCACUGACGUUACCUUCUCUAAGCAGCUCUCGGGGACGUGCGCUGCUCAUCACAUUGGCCUGCCUCUUGGCCGGCCUUGGACCCACUGCGAAUAUCCUGGCUAAUUUGAUGGCGAUGCUGCGCAGCCUCGCCUGUGGCCAGGAGCUGCUGCGUCAGGCAGUUGGCCAGAUGCUGGACGUGGCGCUGGAACCAGUGCGUGCCGUCCAAUCCGCCAUUGAGCUGCUUCUAAACGAGCUGCGUCGUGUCCUGCGACAGAUGAUGGAGCUGCUGCUGAGACUACAAGGCUAUCUACUCAUCAUUAUCGAUACUUUAAGGACUUGUGCCGCGUGGCUCAAGUCUGUCGUGGAAUUGUGCAACUCGAAGGGGACAACACCGUGGAAACGUUGCCAGCGUUCAGCAGUGGCGGCAAUGGCAAAAUGUCGCGCCAAGAUGGGCAUCUUUAGAUCCAUUUGCCAUGCCACAAAGCUCUUCCUGGCGCUCUGUUAUCCUGCCAAGCUGGUGGAUGUCUUCUGCUCCGGUUUCUGGGAUGCAAGCUGGAAUAUUUUGGAUACACUUCUCGAGCGAUAUUACGAGUUUGUUGCUCAGCUCGAGCAAAUGUUCGAUGUGAGCAUCAGUUUUGAGCACGAAUUCUACUUCCACACGAACGCCUCGAAGAAUCUCUCGGAUGUGGGUGAAGAGAUUAUUGGGGAUAUCAGCGAUCGCCUGGGUCCAUUCACGAUGCUCCAGGGCUGGCUGGAUCUGCUCUGCUGGCUCAUGUUGUUCGCCGUACUCAUCAAAGCCAUUUAUUUCUAUCUGCGCUACAUGCUCAGCCUUCGCUAUCAGAAUAUUUACUUGAUGAGCUCCUUUUAUGCUGUCGAUAGACAGUGGCAGGCACAGGGACAGCUACCAGUCUUGCCACUCAAGCGUCUGGAGAGGCGCCAAUACUUAAAGCUGACCAGUCUGCGUCUAACUGGCUAUGAGUGCCUGAUGCUGGUGGAGAAUGCCUUCUUUAUGAGCGUCACCUGUGUGCAGCUGGGCAGCAUUUGUUUGGUGGACUACAGUCUCUUCUGGCUGCUGGACACCAUUGCGUUUUAUGGCGAGCAGCAGGACGAACUGGAGAUCCCAGCCUAUGUCGAUGUGGAGGUCGAAGGCGGUGGCUUUGUGGGCGAUAUUAUGAGAGGCAUUGUUCAGGCCUUUCGACCAAUUACCCAGAAAACCACAUUGGACACGAAAGCCUGCCUGCCGCAGCCGAUGGAGCCCAACUAUGGAAACUAUAUAAAGAUACUGAUCAUUUGCCUGGUUGCCUGGCUGAUCCUGCUGACUGAGCCAUAUAUGCUGCGAUUGCGUCAUCUAAUCAUGCAGCGAUUCUAUCCGGAAAGGGCCUUCGAGCGUGCUCUGUACUUGCAUCAGCGAAUCCUCAAGGAGAGAGAUAGCUUCUUGAAGUCUGCUCGUCGCAGGGCAAGAGCUGUUUUUCGAUAUCAACAGGCGAAUAGUCCAAAUAGCUGCCUGAGCUGGCUAAUAGCCAAGCUGUGUUGGUGCUAUUGCUGUCUCUGUCUAAUGGAAGGACCACGCGGAGAUGUUUGCAUACUGUGCGCCAAGCGGCUCAGCUCCUCGAGCCGGAUCAGGUGCGAUACCGAGGGUUGCCAGGGACUCUACUGCGAGGUGUGCUACAGUAAAUCGAAGAACAACUGCUGCCUCUGCAAGCGACCCAUUGAUUAUGGCGAUGUCAGCGACAUCUCUGAGGUUCAGGACUCCUCGGAUGAUCCUGAGGCGGUUUCGUUUACACAACUUCAGGCUAGUCCCUGCGGCGGCAACUAUCGGAAGCAGGAGCAUAAAAAGGAAACCUAAACGGGAUAACCUAUGAACUCCUUUAAGCUUAUCUGAACUAUGAAUA